AUGACCGAAUAUGUUGAUUUGACCAUUGACCACUCUUAUUCCCAAAAGAGAAAACAUGUAAACCACAUUUGUGCUCAAACAAUGGACAGCAACUCCCAGUUUCACCAGAAUAUAUUAGAAGGUUUAAGGAGCACUCAGCUAUUAAAUAGCUUAAGCUUUGAAUAUUGCUGCAUAUUUGACACUUGUGUCCGCUGGCGGCGCCGCUACACGCCUCUGCGUGAGUUAUCUGUGACCACGAACAACAGCCACGCUCCAGGUCACUGCCGCUUCACGACAACGUUAACCGGGACUCGCGCUCCCGGGCUAGCAGCUCCUAGCGCGUGUCCGCUGGCGGCGCCGCUACACGCCUCUGCGUGA